AUGGUUCACGCUGUCGAAGCAUGGGUCUGGGUAGCCGUCGUGCUGGCCGUCGCUAUACUGCGCUAUGUCUCUCGAAUCCUACAGACAGGCGCGCUUCAGAACCUCCAGCUUGAGGACGUCGCCAUGGCUGUCACGGUGAUCUUCUACAUCUUACUCACCGUUUUCCUCGUCCAAAUCGACAAGCGCGGCACGAACGGAAUCCCCCCGAGCGAGCUCGACACGAUCGAUCCGGCGACGAUACCAGACCGCAUCACUGGGAGCAAGAUGGUCGUAGCGGCUGAACAAUUCUGGAUGGUUGUCGUCUGGGGUUGCAAAUGCUGUUUACUCUUGCUCUAUUCAACCAUGACAUCUGGUCUCUGGCAAAACCGCGCCGUCAAAAUCAUAGGGCUCGUCUGCGCUUCUUCUUUCGUCCUCAUCGAGAUCCUCUUUUUCGCCGCAUGGUGCCGUCCGUUCAACGCUUACUGGUCGUACCCUCCAAAGUCCCAGCAAUGCUCCGUAUACACAAACCACGUCAUCAUCACGCUAGCGUUUAACGUUUCGACCGACGUUAUGAUUAUGGCCAUCCCUCUGCCCCUGCUCAUCAAAGCGAAACUGAGCCUGUCAAAAAAGCUCACCCUGUGCGCGCUCUUCUCUCUCGGCGCCUUUGUCAUCCUCUGCUCGAUCCUUUCCAAAUACUACUCCAUAUCGUCGCCCUACGGGAUGAAAUGGGUCGACUGGUACGUCCGCGAAGCGGCGACGGCUGUGAUUGUAGCCAAUAUCCCGCAGACCUGGACCCUGUUCCGACGAUUAUUCAACUUCAAGUCCUUCCUGCAGCAUUCGUCGUACAACCGCAGCCGGAGCAAGAGCGGUACUAAAUACGGGACGCGCUUCGACAGCUCGACGAUCCAUCUUUCCCGGUUCAGGGGCGAUAAGUCGCAAGUGCAGUCGACCAUUGACCGCACCGAGUCAGGGGAGCAUAUAAACCGCGAGCCGCUAGAGAUCUGGGCCCACCGUCAGUUCCACGUUACGAAUGAGCUAGAUGAAGGGCGCUCCAGUACGAGCAGCGGCAGUGUGAGCCAGGGCAGAGAGACGCCAGAGUUCGAUCCCACCAAGGCCGCGACUGUAGUGACCGUAGGGAGGACUGAAUAA